GCUGGAGUGUUAAAGAUCCUGGAGCAGAGACCGGUGGUGCGGAAGGAGUGUGCACGGCGCCUGGUAUACACUGCAGUGUCUGCGGCCAUCAAUCACAUCCGGGUACCGAGCCACCAUUAAAACCAUAGGCAACCUGAGAAAACGCCGGGCAGCCGCCGGCAACAAUAGCAGCAAAGUGGCCAUGGCUGCGAUCCGCAAGAAGCUGGUGGUAGUCGGGGACGGAGCCUGCGGCAAAACCUGCCUGCUAAUCGUCUUCAGCAAGGACGAGUUCCCCGAGGUCUACGUGCCCACCGUGUUCGAGAACUACGUGGCCGACAUCGAGGUGGACGGCAAGCAGGUGGAGCUGGCCCUCUGGGACACGGCCGGACAGGAGGACUAUGACCGAUUGCGGCCUCUUUCCUAUCCGGAUACGGAUGUCAUCCUCAUGUGCUUCUCCGUGGACAGCCCGGACUCCCUGGAGAACAUCCCGGAGAAGUGGGUGCCCGAGGUCAAGCACUUCUGCCCCAAUGUGCCCAUCAUCCUGGUGGCAAACAAGAAGGACCUGCGGAACGACGAGCACAUCCGCAACGAGCUGGCGCGGAUGAAGCAGGAGCCGGUCCGCGCUGAGGAUGGCCGCGCCAUGGCGGUACGAAUCUCCGCCUACGAGUACCUGGAGUGCUCCGCCAAAACCAAGGACGGUGUCAGGGAAGUUUUCGAGACGGCCACUAGGGCGGCGCUCCAGAAAAGACAUGGGCCCAGUGGGGAGUGUAUGAGCUGCUGCAAGCUACUCUGAUCCCCCUUGGACUACAUUGACUAUUAUACCCUUAUUUGAGGGUCUGGGGGGGGGGGGGGGGGGUCUUCACUUUGAGACUGUUAACCCCUACCUGCAAAGAAGAAUUACCCUUAGGGGGGGCUUUGCCAGUGACAUGAUGUACUGUAUACACUACUUAAGGAUUAAUGGGGCACACUAUGCUCCCCCUCUCAAUCUAAGACUAUACCCCCACCAUUUGUACAUUGAUCUGUAUAUUAUAUAUAUAUGUGUAUAUUGUAUAGUAGUGUGGCCCCCGUCAGCUGUUGCAAAAGUACAACUCCCAGCAUGCCCCGACAGCCGUUGGCUGUCGGGGCAUGCUGGGAGUUGUGCUUUUGCAACAUCUGUAGUGGGGAAUAAAAGACACUGAACUGCAGCCGAAGUUUUCAAUAUUUUUUUUUUAUUUUUAUUGUUUUGUAUCAUUGUUUAUGUUUUUUAUUUAAGUUUUCCUGUGAAAACGUUAUUUUUGCACAUAUUUUUUUUAUUUUUUUCUGACACUCAUGCACUUGCCACCUUCAUAUACACUGUAACAUGUUGGCUACGUGUGACCUCAUAAGACGUGUGGCGAGGCUGAUAAAAAAAUAAAUAAAUUACGGUGUCCUGCGCAUAUUUGAAGCUGCAGAUUUUAUGCUGCAUAGUUCAAUGGAAAAAGGCUUCAAAUAUAGGCAGGAUAGGUACAUGUGAAUAGACCCUAAAGCAGAGCGGAGUUUGUCAUGCCUCUAGGGGCUCAUUCGCACUACGGAAUCUGCGCCCGGAAAAAAUACGUAGUAUCAAUGAGCCCUGGGCUAUGUUCACGCUGCCAGUCAGUAGGCCGGUCAGGUGUGAGAAGUGUAGUAGCAUUCUGCGCUAUUUUUCUAGUUAAACGGGACAAGAGCAAGGCCCUUGAGGCAGAGUUGGCAUUCCAAAAAAAAUAUAUAAAGCUGGCGGUGUGAAGAGUUUUUUUUUUUUUUUUUUGUUAAUUUUUUUUUGUAGGUUUACGUAGGACUGCCGUCUGUUGCAACAAUGCAAAAAAUAAAACCGUAACAGAACUGUCUGGUCAAUUCAGCUCUGCUACAUCUGUGUAUAGCAGUGGUCCGCAGGUUGAAGACCACUGGUGUAUAGUAUUUGUUCUAUUAUGGAGCUAGGUUACAUGACCGUCAAUGUUCCACUUGUGAACACUACCCCCCCCUCCCCCCCCCCCCCCCCCCUCUGUCGGCAGUGUUGCAGGACUUGUUCCAAGUCAGCCUAAAUCUGGUUCCGUAACAAAAGUAUCGGAAAGUCGAUAAUAUAUCAAUGUUUUUGGAUUUUUUUCUUGUUACAGAAGCAGAUUUUAUGCUAAUAUUUUUUAUUUUAUUUUUUAUAUAUAUUUUUUUUAUUGUUUUGGACAGUGGUACUAAACUGUUUCAAACUCUUUGAAAACAAAAGCGGUCGGCGGUAAAGCGGUGUGUUUUGGAUCUGUUUACAUGAAGUUUAAUAUGUGUAUAUACAGGUUUUUAUGUGAAAUAUUAAAAUAAUUCUAUAAAGA